ACUUUUUUCUUUUUGUUUUUUUUCUCUUAUAUAAAUGUUUAUUUUUGUAUUUUAUUAAAGAUCAUUUCCUGAUGGUGUGAACUUUGACAAGAAUAAGUUUGGUGUUAUUCCUGAGAAUACAAUUCUUACUAUUAAUACUCGAACUGGUCAAAUAAUUGAUCAAUGGGGAAACAAUACAUUUUAUAUGCCUCAUGGUCUUUCUGUUGAUGCUGAAGAAAAUCUUUGGUUAACAGAUGUUGGAAUGCAUCAGGUAUUUAAAUAUUCAAAAGGUGAACGUGUAUUAACAUUAGGUGAAUCAUUUGUUGCUGGUAGUGAUGAAUCACAUUUUUGUAAACCAACUGAUGUUGUUACAUCAAAUGAUGGUUCAAAUAUAUAUGUUGCUGAUGGAUAUUGUAAUGCUCGUAUUGUUAAAUUUGAUUCAAAAGGAAAAUUUCUAAAAGAAUAUUCAAUGCCUGAAGGAGAAAAACGAUUUAAUAUUCCACAUAGUAUUAUUAUUAUUGAAACACUUGAUCUUGUUUGUGUUGCUGAUAGAGAAAAUGGACGAAUUGUUUGUUUUGAUGAUGGAAAUGAUGAUGAUGAAACAAAUGAAUAUGAUCAAGGUCAAGUUAAAGCUAUUAUUGAACAUCCAUUAAUGAGAACUGUUUAUGCUAUUCAUUAUGAUAAUAAUAAACAUCGUCUUUAUGCAGUUAGUGGUAGAAAUGGAAAUACGUCGAAUCUCUCAAUAAAUAAUAUAAUACACUUGAA